AUGACGACAACAGUCUCUGCAGCGACCAAAGCCCCGACUGCUGUACUCGGUAAAAUCGUCGGAGUAUCCGCGGGGAAAAUUCAGCAGGUACCUGAGGAGCCGACCGAGCAGGAGAUUCAGGACUAUGCUGUUUGGCUUGGUUUGGACACCGUGAAGGAUCGUGACCUGUUUUGGAUAGCCAGACAGGCGUUGAGAACCCCGAUUCCCCAACCCUGGGUCCAAUGCCAGACGGUCAGUGGUGAUGUAUUUUUCCACAACACGAAGACGAAGGAAAAAGCGUUUGGGAUCAUCCAGAGUUCUCCAGCGCGCAUCGUAAGUGAUUUUGAACUGCCUGACGAGCCCGUGGUGGAAUCUGCUGGUCGGUUGCCUUCACAGAUAAUAGUCAGUGAAAAAUCGUUUGAUGACGAUCAGGAGGGAGUUGGUGAUGGUCCAGCAGGAGCUCGCGAUCUGCUGAAGGAAAUCGAUUCGAAUGGACCCGAUCAGGUCGAUGUAGCUGCUACUGAGGAGAGCUCAGCUGAUAGGCUUUUUGAGCCGCCUCCUCGCAGUGCAGAGGCCGGCCGAGCUGAGCUGGCCGAGUUGAGGUUGAAGAUCGAGAAAAUGGAAAUGGAGGAGGAAAAGAUUGAGAGCGAGCUCAGAGAUUCUGAAAGACAUCGUGAAAAGCUGCGCGAGGAGCGCGAUACUGCUGCGGAAUUACUCAACUUAGCCGAAGCGGCUAGGGAGGAGGCGAUGGAGGCACUUGAGAGGGAAAAAGAGGCCCGUCAGAAAGCCGAAGCUCAACUGAGUGCCCAAGCGGCUAGCAAUAGGAUAAUCGUUGGGGAGCUCACUGAACAGUUGGAGGAAGUUCAGGCGAAAUCAGAGUAUUUGGAUAGUCUUAUUGCCACGCAGACGAGCGAGGUACAGAUGCUUCGAGAACGUCUCACAGAUGGUCGAGAAAAGGUUAGGGUGCUCGCUGAGGAAGACGCAGCUCAGCGAAGACUGUUGGUGGAGAAAGAUAUGGAAGUGGUCAACCUCAACCGAGCCCUAGCAUUACUUCGACAGCAAAUACACGUAGAGAGCAAAAGGUCGACAUUCAGUAAAUUAUGCGGCGGAGUUCAAAAGGACAUGGCUGAUACCAUACUUCAUGAAGAUCUUGAUGCGUCUGUUGAUGCACCUGAACAAAACAAGCUCUUCGAUCAGCUCUUGAACCGCGUCCUAGCGCAGCCUCCACCGAUGACCGAUCGGUUCGAGCUGGAGAGUUGA